AUGCCGCCAAUGGUGCCGCCAUCAGGUUAUGGGAACGCUUAUCUACCAGCACAGCAUCAAAUUUAUCAGCAGGGCUUUACUUCCUAUGGCGCUGCACCUUAUGACGCUGUACCUUAUACCGCUCUCCCAUACGGUGUUGCCCCUUACGGCGUCUACUCCUACGCGUAUCCAAUGCAGCCUCCACCGCAUCAGAACCAUUACCAAUACAAUUAUUAUCCGGUGCAGCCUCCUCCUUACCAGCACCCCCCGCCUCUCUCCGCACCACUUCCACCUCCUCAAAAUGCCUACGCAUUCCAGUACCCACCUCCUCCACAACAGCCCUUCUCGUACCUCGCGGGGCCUCUGCCACCUCACCACUCUCACACCUUCCAGGCGCCAUCUCUACUCAUUCAGCCGGCAUACAAUCUUCAUCCUCAGCCAGAGCAGUGGACUUCGCCAUACGGAAUGCAGCCCAGUCUAGUUCAGGCUGACAGGCUUAGAGAUCGUGUUACGCGUGGCCGUGGCAAGAAUAGAAAGAGGAAGAGGGGAACGGUGGAAGAAGAGGAUGAGGAGCUUAAUGCGAUCGUGCACGAGGAGCCUGCGAAGAUGAGGUUAGAAGUUGGCGUCAAAGAUGAGCAUGAAGAUGAUGAGAACGGUUCCAAGAUGCCCGUAGUCAAAACGGAGCCAGCACCUAGCCCCGUUGGUGAUGGUUCUACGUCUCCAAAGAUUGGGAAGCUGAGCAAGAGGCAGAGGAAACGUGCUCGGCUGUCUAAGAAGAAGACCGAAGCCGCUGUUCCGCAGAGCAACAAUGCGAACGUCCGCCCCGAGCCAAGAGUGAAGACGGAAGAUGGGGGGGAAAUAGAGAGGCCGGAGGCGACAAAGACGAAGAGAGAUGAGGAGAUCAACGAAGGAGGCAUCAAGCAAGAGGAUGCCGAGGCGGAAGAGGAAUGA